CUGUCGAAGUGGUCCUAUCUCAAGAUUCAGCAGUGGUCCUAAGGUGUGCCGAGAGUGAGAACUCCCCCUAACUUUGAACCCGCAGCACACCACGUAACAGUAGCAGAGGUCCGCGUUGCAUCACAAAAAUUGUACUAGAAAUUCGGCAGAACCGAAACAAUAAUACGGGCAUGUCCUAGCGACUCCAGAGAUUGGCGGGAACACGCCGCAUUCGCAACGGACGCUGCGUUCGGCGUGUGGAUGACUGGCGAGCCUGCCAUGUACAGCUAGAGCUAAGAAAGCGCCGGUUUUAAGUUAGAUUGUCCUUCACCAGUAUUUUGCCUUCACUCUCGCGGCAGACAGUGCCCCGUGCGUCGCCCAUUUACUAAAGCGUCAGGCGCAAUGCCAGUCACCAUCGGUCACGCGGCGUUAGAACUUAACGGAGAAGCGCCGCCGGCGGCCGGUCUCUCCGCCAAUCCCAGCCCUCCAAGCGAAAGCGGCAGCGUCGGCGCGGGCCGCUCCCCCAAGCCCGUCAAAACCAAGGAGCCGCGGAGAACGUCUUCCACCGCGUCGUCGCGCGCGUCGCGCCAGUCGCCGCCAGUUAAAGUCCGCGUGCCCAAGUCGCCUCGCUCCAACGCCUCUUCCUCGUCCCCCGAACAGCCUACUAACGCCUUGGACCAGUCUAGCACGCGCGAGCAGUCCGCCCGUAGCAGCGCGCAGCCUUCCGCCAGGCGCGCGCGCCACAACAAGAACUCGUCCGCGGAGUCGAUGUCGAGCGCCUCCGCCGUCACGAUGGCGUCGGACGACGGCGCAGGCGACGGCGCAGGCGAUGUCGCAGGCGAUGCAGCGGAAUUAGUAGCAGCACCCGCGGAACCACCUUCCGCCGCCGCCUCUUCCGCGCCUUCCGCGCGCAAGGGCGCGGCUGCGAAGAAGAAGCGGGUGGCGGAACAGGGGAGGGACGCUGAGGAUAUGAACGGCGAAGAGGGGAACGCGAGCGGUGGAGAGCGGGAGGGGGAGGGUGAGGGGGAGGGUGAGGGGGAGGGGGAGCGGGAGCGGGAGGCGGAGCGGGAGCGGGAGGCGGAGCGGGAGGUGGAGGAGGAAGAGGACGAGGCACCGGCGUUGCAGCGCGUGCAGCGAUCCACGACGGCGCCGCACUACGAGCGCGUUAAAGGCGGCGCGGGGGGGGACGGGCCGCGGCCGAUGCGGGUUAGCACGAGCUACGACGCGCGGGCCAAGCGAGGGCUGUUACUUUCGCCGAGCUCAAAUCGCGUGGUGUCUUUCGCCAGUGACGUGAAACUCCCGGAGGGGUUCGAAGACGAGGGGGGCGAGGAGGAGGGGAGGUUCAGUCGUUCUAGUACUGGGGGGCUCAUGGGUUAUCAUCACCUUGGGGGGCCGGGAGGGGGGUUGCCGCGCCCGUUAUCAGCGCCUUCGUUAAUAGCACAUCUGAACACGAUGCUGACGCCGACGCGAUCCGCAGGGAGCUUCGCGGAAAGUGUCGGAGUGAGCGGGAUCGCGGUGUACGUGGGGCCCAAGAUGCAACUGUUCCGAGUGACCAAGGCGCUGCUCUUGAAGAUCCCCUUCUUCCGCAAGCAGCUGGAGGCCAACGCGCCCCAUGCGCCCGACGGCAAGCUGCAGGUAGAGGACUCCCCUGAGGGGGAGGAGGAGAAGGAGGAGGAGGAGGAGGAGGAGGAGGAGGAGGAGGAGGAGGAGGAGGAGGAGGAGGAGGAGGAGGAGGAGGAGGAGGAGGAGGAGGAGGAGGAGGAGGAGGAGGAGGAGGAGGAGGAGGAGGAGGAGGAGGAGGAGGAGGAGGAGGGGGAGGAGAAGGUCGAGGACCCCCCAGAGGAGGAGGAGGAGGUGUCAUUCAUGCUAGACUGCGAUGAGAGCACCUUCUCCCGCGUGCUCACUGUCGCCCAGUACCAGAGCCUCGAGGCCCUCCCCUGGAUGAACGACGAGGAUUUCUUCCGCCUGCGCUCCGAGCUGGACUUCCUCGGCCUCUCCCUGCCGCCCGGCUCGCCCUGGCACCACCUCCCCUGGAAAGACGAGCGCAAGGCUGCCGCCGCUGCCGCCGUCGCCGCCGCCGCCGCCGCUGCUUCCGGCAUUCUGAACCCCGCUGCUGCGGCCCUCGCUGCCGGGUACACUUCGAGCUCGGACACCGAGGAGAUCAGGGAGGUUCGGCCUGGGGUGGUAGGGAGUGGGGCGGCGGGGAGUGGGAUGGUGGGAGGGUUCGCAGGAAUGGUAGGAGCAAUGGUCGGAGGAGUGGGCGGAGUGGGAGGAGUUGGGGGAGGAGGAGUGGGAGGAGUGGGGGGAGCGGGGGGAGUGGGGGGAGUGGGGGGAGUGGGGGGAGGAGCGGGUGGAGUGGGAGGGAAGGCAUUUGGGUCGGGGAGGGCGUCGCUGAUCAGUGCGCGGUCCAUGGUGCGGCGCAACGUGGUGGUGGGGGGUGGCUCGCACAACACAUCACCAACGGCGGCGGGGGCAGGGCUGGGGAGUGGAGCGGCAGGGGGAGGAGCGGGGGGAGGAGGAGCUGGCGGGCGGUCACUGGUAGAAGAAGAUAGGCUGGAUGUGGUGUACCGGUGAGUGGGGUGUGGGAUAAGUGACGAGAGCUGGUGUAACAGGGUAACAUGCUGGGCGUGGUGUAGUAUGGAAGCCCAGUAACUUUGAAACAUGAUGCGGAUGUUUCGCACAUUGGAGGCCUGAGUUGUCUUCUCCUCCCUCUUUUCCCCUUCUGGCCUUUCCUGACCGUGCUUUCUACCGUUCUCUCCUCACCUACACUGGCACGUCUCCCCCACGUCUCCCUCCUGCGCUCGCAUCUCCCCCCGUCCUCCCCUCUCUCCCACAACCAGGCACAGCAGCAACACGGCAGCAGCAUGCACGUGCUUUUUUCUGACCUCCAUUCCAUCCCAUGUUGCUUUUCUCGUACCCCAUCUUACCCCCUCUUACCCCCCCUCUCCCACCUCCAGGCACGGCAGUGACACAGCUGCAGCAUGCACGUGCUUCGGGACCAAGGAGGCGGAUGGGCACUCGCACUGGGUGGUCUCGCUCUUCCACGGCCACGUCUUCUGCGCGUAAGGCACAAGUCAUGUGCGAAGCACUCACUUGUGCGCUCUGCUCUGCUUGCAGUUUCCUGUUGUCGCACCCCCACAUACACGUUGGGAUUCUGAGCCGCAAACCCAACCCAAAGAUCCGCAGGCCCAACCCGUCACGCGCUCCCCAAACCCCAAGAUCCCAACCCCCAUCACUUUCUGUGGUGGCGUGGCAUCCCUCUUUUCAUUCUCUUCCCAUCCCCUCCUCCCCUCCUCAGUUUCAGCAGUCGUCCUCCCAUGGAACAUCAGGAGCUCUCUUCGGUUUGACUCACCUCACCUCCCAAUCCAACCCACUCCUCACCUUCCCUGCAAUCCCCUCCCUCCCAACCCCCUCAAACCCCUCAACCUCAAACCCCUCAACCCCCUCAACCCCCUCAAACCCCAGUUUCUGCGGCCGCCCCCCCACAUGGCAUCAGAAGCUCUUUGCCGACGUCUUCCUGCUCGCUGCCCUCCCGCCCCCGCCUACUCAGCCUCCCUGUGCGACAGCCUCCUUGUGCUACAGCCUCCUUGUGCUGCCAACUUUCAGCCACUCGCGAUUCGAAUCUGUCUCACGUGCCAUCGACUCUAAGGCUAUCCACCCCACCGUGCUCUGAUUCAGUUUCUGAGGUGACUUUUGAGGCGCCUAAAAAACCGCUGUCGAUCUGAGUUUGCCUGGCUCACCCUACGUUGGAAAAUGGUAGAAGAAUUUGUCGCGCUAGGAGGAGUGGUAGGAACGGGUCAACAUUUCUCCUGGCGAGCUAAGAACAACGGCGCGCGAACUAAGGGAGGGAGCUUUGCUAGAGAGUUACGACGCAGAAUUAGGCUAGGUGCUGCUCCUCUGCGUCAGGACUCUGGUGAGUCGUCAAUCGUCAUAAAGCAGAAAGCUUGGGAAAGGGAGGUGAUGUGAGACUGAAUGCGGUGGGGAAGCUUUUUGGGAUUGGAGUUCAAACCACAAUUGGUUGGGUUGGGAACGUAUGGAGAGAUUGAAUGAGGUGGGGAAGCCUUUCGGGGUUGGGAGUUCAAGCCACAAACUCAAUUCGAGUUUGCGAUGUGCCGCUUUUGUCGUCAGCCCCCAAUUCCGCGCAGUUGAAUUGGCGAUGCGCGAAACCCCUGUUUUCUUCGCCUAGUCGUGACCUGUCGCGGGAAAACUUCUUUUCCGUGGUCAGCCUGUGCGUUUUUCGGCGAAACUCCACCCAAAACGCAGCGUACGAAUUUUACUCGCGUAAAAACGCAAAACGCAAAACCAAAUCUGCGUUUUUUCCAACAUAGGGCUCACCAUGGAUGGACUCCAAGGCAGUGCGCCGUGCUCUCAUUCACGUCUCACCAUCCAUCCCACUCUUCUCGUCCCCCUCCUCGUCUCUCACACCUGUCAGCCCACCACACACUGGUGCUGCAAGGGCUGCUCCCCUUCUCCUCAGUUGUGGGCUUUUCUUCGAAAAUUCUCAUUAAAAAAUACCUUCAGUGGCCGCCCUCCUUCUCCCCAUCCCCUACCUUUCCACUCAACAACACCAGCGGCCUUCCUUUCCAACAACACCAGCGGGGAGUUGACACGUUUCUGGGGAGGUGGUACUACCGGGGCUGUUCCCUCACUUGCAUCCCUUCCCCCCUAAACCCAACCCCCUUCCUCUCCCACCAAUCAACCCACCACACAGCAGCGGGGAGUCAAUGCGUUUGUGGGGGGUGGUACUGCCACGGCCGCUCCAGCACUUCCUCCCGUCUUCCCCCCAGCCCCCUUCCUCUUUCACCCCUCAACCCACCACACACCAGCGAGGGGCCUAAUGCGUUCGUGGGCAGGUGGUGCCACCACGGCCGCUCCACCACUUCCUCUCUGCCAUCUUUAUCCCCACCCUUCCCUCUCUCCCACCCUCCAGCCCACCACACACCAGCGGGGUGCUAAUUCGUUUGUGGGCAGGUGGUAGGUACUAUCACGGCUCCUUAAACCCAACCCCCUUCCUUCUUGCCCCAUCCACCCAUCCACCACACACAUCCACCCCACACCAGCGGGGGGCUAAUUCGUUCGUGGGCGGGUGGUACUACCAUGGCCGCUCCAACACCCGCCUUGUCAAGCUGCACUGUGUGGCCGGCGCCAGCUGCUCCUCCUGCAGGUGAAAAUCACAGAGCUCAGGUGAAAAUCAUCCAAAGGGAAGAAAGGGGGAAAAGGGGGAGAAAUGGCGUGAGGAGAAAAGGGUCAGUGAGGAGACAACGGUUAUUGAGGAGAGAAGGGUUAGUGAGGAGGCAACGGUGCCUGAGGAGAAAAGGGUUAGUGAAGAGACAACGGUUAUUGAGGAGAAAAGGGUUAGUUAGGAGACAAUGGCUAUUGAGGAGAAAAGGGUUAGUGAGGAGACAGCGGUUAUUGAGGAGAGAAGGGUUAGUGAGGAGACAACGGUUAUUGAGGAGAGAAGGGUUAGUGAGGAGACAACGGUGACUGAGGAGAAAAGGGUUAGUGAGGAGACAACGGUUAUUGAGGAGAAAAGGGUUAGUUAGGAGACAACGUUUAUUGAGGAGAAAAGGGUUAGUUAGGAGACAACGUUUAUUGAGGAGAAAAGGGUUAGUGAGGAGACAACGGUUAGGGAGGAGAAAAGGGUUAGUGAGAAGAAGACAACGGUUAGGGAGGAGAAAAGGGUUAGUGAGGAGACAACGGUUAUUGAGGAGAAAAGGGUUAGUUAGGAGACAACGGUUAUCGAGGAGAACAGGGUUAGUGAGGAGACAACGGUUAGGGAGGAGAAAAGGGUUAGUGAGAAGACGACAACGGUUAGGGAGGAGAAAAGGGUUAGUGAGAAGACAACUAUUAGGGAGGAGAAAAGGGUUAGUGAGAAGACAACGGUUAGGGAGGAGAAAAGGGAUCUGGCAAAAGACACCAGACACCUGCCUCAUCCACACCUCACAUUCGCCUCAUACUUUAGGGUUCAGGGUCUGGCAUAUUGGGUUUCAGGCAUUCAACCUUCACACCAAUGCGCACAGCUGACCCUUGUUUUUUAUUAUUUCCCCUUUCUCCCCCUCUCCUUUUCCCGCCACCUCUGUCUGUUCCGAUUUCCUUGGACACGCAGAGCUAGCGUAUGGGGAGUCAGCAUUGAGCACAAGCACGCCUUCUGUCUACAGUGCAAAACAACACCCACCAAGCCAGCUAUCAUAGCGAAACUUUUUGUGGAAGCUUUGUGUCAGCCUAAGUAAAUGAGGUAACCGUAACAUGGGUCAUCUCUCUCAGAUAGUCAAGUGACUAGAACAAGGCAGUACAGGAGAGAUAUAAGGUUGGUGUUGUACCAUUUAAGAACACAACCCUGUCUAGCCUAUAUCUGUCAACAAAUAUAUUUAUGUAGCUUAGCUAGGUCAUAUUUGUUCAUAGCCUAGCUAGUUUAGUUCGUAGUGAGUGCAGCCCUAGUUUUGUAUCCCUUGACAUUUUCCCUUAGUCACGUCUUUUCCCGCUACUCU